AUGAUAUCAUCAAAAUUCACAUCCUAUAGUAUUAGUAAUAAAUCAUUACCUAUAUAUUUAUUAAAAAGAAAAUGCAAUAUUAAUAAGAAUUUUAAUAAAUCAAAUUUUGUAUCACCAUUAACAACAAACAAUUUAAUAAAUAAAUCAUCAUACUACAGAUUUUAUUCAAAUAAUAAUCAAAACUCAUAUGAAUUCAUAGAUAGAAAAUUAAACCUAAUUCCAAUAACCACAAAUUAUGAAGAUGCAGUAAAAGGUUUCAAAUGGUCAAUCCCAGAUUAUUUUAAUAUUGGUCAAGAAAUGUGUGAUAAGCAUGCAACUGAUCCUUCUAAAAUGAACCAUAUUGCAAUUAAACAUAUAAUAAAUGAAAACACUGGAGAUGUUAAAUCCUAUACAUUCAAAGAUUUACAAACAAAGUCAAAUAAAUUUUCAAACAAAUUUAAAGAAAUUGGACUAAAAAGAGGGGAUAGAGUUGGUGUAUUACUUACUCAAGGUUUUGAUUGUGCACUUUCGCAUAUUAGUGUUUUUAGAUCAGGUAUGAUUACAAUGCCAUUAUUUACACUAUUUGGUCCUGAAGCAUUAGAGUAUAGAAUUUCCAAUUCAGGCGCAUCUUGUGUUAUUACCGAUCCAGAAAAUGUUGAAAAACUAUUAGGAAUACUACCAAAAGUAUCAACACUUAAAAAAAUUAUUGUUCAUGGCAAAUUACCUGAAAAAUUAAAAAGCUCCCACUAUGGAAGUAUUUUUGAAGAAUGGAAUGAAGAAAUUUCAAAUACAUUUUCAGAUUCAUUCGAACCAGUUAAAACUAAAUCAGAAGACCCAGCAAUUAUAAUAUUUACAUCAGGUACUACAGGUAAUCCAAAAGGAUGUUUACAUGCACACAGAGUUUUAAUAGGACAUUUACCAGGUAUUCAAUUCCCACAAAACCAUUUUCCAUUAAGAAAAUCUACCAAUGAUUAUGUAUUUUAUACACCCGCAGAUUGGGCUUGGAUCGGUGGUUUCUUUGAUGUUUUAGCUCCAUCCCUCUUUUAUGGUGUAACAGUAUUAGCACAUCGUAUGACCAAAUUCGAACCAAAGAAAAUUGUGGAACUAAUGGAAAAACAUAAAGUGGAUACAGCAUUUUUACCACCAUCUGCAUUAAAAAUAAUGAAACAAGACGAAUCAUUAAAGAAAUAUAAAAUGCAAUCAAUAGGCAGUGGGGGUGAAUGUUUAGGUGAUAAACUAUUAUCAUGGUCUAAAGAACAAUUCGGUGUCGAAGUUAACGAAUUCUAUGGUCAAACUGAAGCCAAUCUCUUGGUAGGUAACUCAUCAACAGUAUUUGAUAUUAGAAGCGGUUCAAUGGGAAAACCAAUUCCAGGCCACAUUGUCGAAGUUAUUGAUGAAAACUGUAAUAUCCUUCAAGAACAAGUUGGGGAUAUUGCAUUAAAAACACCAGAUCCAGUUUCAUUCCUCACAUACUGGAAUAAUGACUCUGCUGCUAAAAAAAAAUAUAGAGGUGAUUGGCUAAUUACAGGUGAUUUAGGUAAAAAGGACAAAGACGGUUAUAUUUGGUAUGUUGGUAGAGACGACGAUAUCAUCAAUUCCAGUGGUUAUCGUAUUGGUCCUGCUGAAAUUGAAAACUGCUUAUUAAAACAUCCAUCUAUUUCAAAUGCCGGUGUAGUUGGUGUACCCGAUCCAAUUCGUGGAGAAAUCGUAAAAGCAUAUAUAGUAUUAAAUCCAUCAUACAAACCAACAGAUCAAUUAAAAAAAGAAAUCCAAAAUUUUGUUAAAACCUUUUUAGCCGCCUAUGAAUAUCCACGUGAAAUCGAAUUCAUUGAAUCUUUGCCAACCACAACAACUGGUAAAAUUAUAAGAAAAGAUUUAAGACUAUUACAUAAAAUAACCAAAGAACAACAACAGAACACACAAUAA